CUCACACCUUUACAGACUGAAAUGAGCCCGAAAAACAGCCGCACGAACAGACUGCACCCUGUGAUUAAUGUCGCUUCUUUUGUUCCUGGUUUCGUAACAUCAAGACCUCAAUACCGCUAGCAGGGACAUUAUUCACCCGUCACCGCCACUGCCGUUGUGGCCGACGGCUUCAGCAUGGGCAUCAUAUACCCUUCGAUAGUCCUUGUUGCGGGCAUCGUCUUCGCUCUAACAUGGGCCGUUUUUGGCCAAACGAGACUGAUGAGAAAUGGCGUCCCACUACGAUGUCCUCCUGGUACUCUACCGCUGGCUGGAAACGGCAUCAAUUUUUUAAGGGACCGGCAAAAGCUGUUUGACUGGUUCACCAAGUGCGAGCAGCUUUACGGCCACGAGACACUGCAGAUCUCCGUCCCGAGCCUACCACCUGGCGUCAUCAUCAGUGACCCAAGGAACCUGGAAUACAUCUUCAAAAACGAGGGAAUAUUUGCCAAGGGCGAGUUCUUUAAGCGGCGGUCCAGAGACUUGUUCGGAAACGGCAUUAUCAAUGUUGACGGCGACCUAUGGAAAAUCCAACGCAAAGCGGGACUGAGCUUCCUUAACACAUCCAACUUGAGAGUCCUGACAGAUGUGGCUCUACCGCAGUACCUAUCGCAGAGUGUGGCCUUCUUGAAGAGCAAGACUGACAAGGGUGUCAUUGACUUACAGGCCGUCUUUCACGAACUCACGACACAGCUCAUGGGAAAGAUGGCGUACAACAUGGAGAUGCAUGCCGAAGAUGAGUUUGGUCUCGCUUUCGAUGAUGCGUCCGGUGCCACUGCCGAACGAUUCCAGAACCCGCUGUGGUUCGUCACCGAAUUGUUCACCGGUGUUCGGCUGCGGAGCUCUAUCUCGACCGUCAAGACAUUUGGACGAACCAUCGUCUCCAGUGCGAUGGCAGACAGGAAGAGCCGUCCCCAAACCAAGAAGCAGGUUCCCGAUGAUGCCAGCAAGGACAGACUAGAUCAUAUCUCGGGCAGUUUGAUCCAGUCGUUCUUGGACUCCAUAGGGGACGAGCAGCUGGUCGCCGAUGCCGCGUUGAACUACCUCUCUGCCGGCAAAGACACAACGGCGCAGGCCCUCACGUGGACAUUCUACUUGCUGAUGAAACAUCCCGAGGUCGUGGCCAAGAUCCGUGAGGAGGUCGACCAUGUUACAGAGGGCAGCGAGAUAACCCUCGACAGGGCCAUCGCAGAACGGGGCAAUCCAAGCUCGAUGCCAUAUGUCUCCGCCGUCUUUUGCGAAGCCCUGCGUAUCUUCCCGCCCAUCCCCUUUGAGAUCAAGCAGGCUGUGCAGGCGACCACUCUACCAGAUGGCACAUUUUUGCCCCAGAACUCCGUUGUUGUGUGGUGCACCUGGGCAAUGAACCGAUCGUGUGCCACAUGGGGUCCUGACGCGGACGAGUUCCGCCCUGAGCGUUGGCUGGUCGGUGGCAAGGUGACGAAUAAGAGCGCCUCCGAGUUCCCUGUCUUCAACGGGGGGGCGAGGACGUGUCUGGGCAAGAAAAUGGCAGAGAUCAUUGCCGUGCAGGUGAUCGCCACAGUGGCUAGCCUGUUCGACUGUGUGAGGGUUGACAGUUCGACGCGGGUCAGCAAGAGCAGUCUUACACUUCCUAUGAAGGAUGGACUCCCUUGCUUUGUGCGCCACAGGGCCGCUGUGCCUAAAUAAUCAAGUUUGUUCCGACAUGCUGAAUAUCACAUUGCGCACAUGCACCAGUGAAAUCAUAUCGCCAAAGGAAAUAUGGUAUACCAUUCAGUAGUAUGCGGCUCAACCAAAUAAUGCUUGCGAUGCUUUCAGUGUAGGACCUUAUCCAGAAGUCUGUAAAUUAAACCCCUGAUUCCAGGACCAAAAGAAUUCCAGAAUAAUGCAUCUGACAAGAUGAGGUGUUAAGUACAAUCGUCUGAUGGCACAAACUGGCUUCAAUCCAAGCACCUUACUACGUGCUGCUGAUUCGCAACCCAUCUCUACAUCCAUUCGCCUUACGAACCCCCAUUUUUAUAUCCAGGAUGAGAACAAGAGGGGGAAAAAUGAAGCG